AUGUUUAUGAUGUUUUUAAUAAAACUUGAUCUAUUAUAUAUCACUCCAUUUAAUGUUGUUCUUCAUUGUCUUAUUAAUUUAAAUAUAAACUGGGAUAAUAGUGAUGUUGACCAUGAAUUGUUAGUAAAUCAUAAAUUGACAUUAAAUAAUAUUUGGUUUGUUCUGUAAUUUUAUUUUGAUCCAAUAAUUUUGUAAUGUUUUUAUUAAUUUCUGAUUUGGUUGUUGCCGUUGGAUCUUUCUGUACUUGCUCAUAUAUAUUAUUAUCAUUUCAUUUUUCUUCAAUUUUGUUAAUAUAAUCAAUAUUGUCCAUUAUUACAAUUUUACCAUCGUGGUUUGCUUGAAUAAUAACAAUAUCUUCCAUUGACUUGAUUUCGUUUAAUACUUCUAUUUCUUCUUUAUGCAUAUUACAUUUUAUAGAUUUCUUCCAUUUUUGGAUAAAUGCAGAAAUUUCUGAUACCGCUGCGUUGGUUAUUAAUGUUGAUGUGGAACAUAAGGAUUUUUUACAAUUUACAAUUCUUGCUACGAUGUUAAUUGUUCUUGAUGUUGGAAUAAAUUUUAAUUCCUUUGUCAAUACUUUGAAAUGUGGUGAACUUAGUUCUAUUUUUGACAUAUUAAUAACGUUUGUUGUACCACGCACAGUACGUGAAUUGAUGUUAUUAAUGGUUCUUCAUGUUGUGAAUCAUUGUUGUAAAUGCGAUUCUGCUUUAAAAAUUUUUAAUCUAGUUAAAUUUUUUGAUCAUGUUUUUUAAUUAUAUUAUCUUUGAAUUUUCUAUCAAACUUAUACAUCCAUCGUAAAUCAUCUUACUACUGUCUUAUAGUUUGUGAUGUUCUCAAAUAUAUAUUUAAUAUUGAUAUUUAAGUGUUAAUUUCAAUAUUGAUGUAUUUUAUUUAUUUUUGUUUAUCUUUUAAUGUGUUGUUACUAAUUUUGUAUAUUGUUUGUCUUAAUAAUUCUUCAUUUUUAAAUAUAUGGUACUUUUUGGUCUGAAUCCAUUUGGUAUUAAGUUAUAUUAUCUGCUGUUCUUCUUGUGCAACUUUUCCGAAUUGUGCGUGAUGAUAUAAAUUCUCUUCGUAGAGGCUUUUGAAUUCUUGUUUUGACAAGAAGAUCAAAUUAUUAUUUGACAUUAGUAAAUUCUCUUCUUUUAUUUUACUGCGUUUACAAUCAAAAAUUAGUCAAUUAACAAAAAUUAGUCACAUUUUGUAUUUUGAUGAGAUACUUCUUGAGACAAUAAAUUUAAGACAAAUGACUCAACAUAGAAGUAAACCUUUUCUUUUUCUUUUUUUUUCUUAUUCAUUCUUUUGAUAGUGAUGCGAAAAACAAGACGAUAAUAGUAAUAGCUAGAUUGAGUUUAAUCCUUUUUUUGCGUAUCACUAUCAAAAGAGUGACUAAGAAAGAAAGGAAAAAGAAAAGGUUUACUUCUAUGUUGAGUCAUUUAUCGUAAAUUUAGUGUCUGUAGAAGUAUCUCAUCAAAAUACGAAACGUCACUAAUUUAUGUUAAUAAAUUAAUUAAUUGUUAAUCAUGAAUCAAAUAAAGAAAAAGAAGAAAAUUUACUCAUGUCAAAUAAUAAUUCAAUCUGCUGAUCAAGACAAGAAUAAAUUUAAAUUAUCAGUAAUUUAGAUUUUUUUUUAUUCGUGAUCUAUACUUAUUUUAAAUUAAAGAGAAAAUGAGAUCCCUAAUCUGAAGAAGAAC